CAAAAAACCUCGAAGAUCCCGACCCUGCAUUUGUUUUGUCGCGGGAUGUCUGCCAAAAAAUCAUUGCGAUCCACAUGCGCUUUUCCGCUGGACUACCCGUGUUCAUAUCUGGCGAAACCGGAAUUGGGAAAACCGCACUGCUCGAGUACUACGCAAAAGUGAGGCAGCAGCUGAAC